AUGAACCUUUCUCCUACACCGCGUCGCUACAAUUCCAGAGGCUACGACAUACCGAGGGCCCAAGAUGAGCUUUUCCAUCCCUACAACAAAGAACCACCCAUGAUGCCCUCAGAUCGAAUUGUUCCGGAGGAAUACCGCGUCAACUCGCAGAUGAUCAACAAGCUUAUCAAACAGAACAAAGACCUAACAUUGCAGCUGGACCGAAAGCAGGACGAGAUCGACCGACUCAACGUGCUGGUAGGGUCUCUGAGGGGCAAGCUUAUCAAAUACACAGAGCUCAACAAGAAACUACACACGCAAGCGCAAUCUCAAUCGCAACCGCAAGUGCAAUCACCGGACUUCCCGCCCGUCGAAGCGCUGCAGAUUAAAAAGACUCGAGGAUCCCCGGAAGAGGCUUCUCACUCUUCGGCAGCCUUUCGCGAGUCCCAGGUCGAAACACGCAUCGGCGAUAUAUAUUCAAAACUUGAGGCUCUGACUACGCUGAUGACAAAUUCAGUGGGUGCGACUUCCGGCACGGUGCCGACGACACAGCACCCCUCGCGUCCCGCGUCAAAUUCGCCAGCGGCGCCAGAGUCCGUGCUGCGCAGAGCAGUCCACGGGGCCUCCGAAGACGACAUUUUAACACAGGAGAGCGCAGAACUGAAGUCGUUGGAAACACAGAUCGACUUUCUCAAACGUAAGCUUCUAAUCAAGCGCGAAAACGAACUGCGCAAGCUGUCCCUCAACAAGGAAUUGUUGGAUCUCAUGGAUAAACUAGACAUAUCUAAGUCCACUAUUCCGUCACAUCAUUCGCCGCCCACGGUGGAUGACCCCAACAAUACACCACCGCAUUGUGACCAGUGUCACCAGUCCUCUUCUUCGUCGCAAGCGACUGCCAAUGGGAAACUGCCGAGUCAUUCAACAAGCCAAAACCAUUCGCGCCAUCCACCAUAUAUGUCUAUGUCCCAAGCUCUAGAAACUCCCACGCCCGCUCGACGGAACCCAAACAAGGCGAACGACACUCUCUGGUGA